ACCCCCAGGCCCUAACAGGUCUCAUCAAGUCCAUCCUCAUGGGCAGCUACUACCUACAAACUCUCCUUACAACAGAGGAGAGGCAGAGAGACCUCUUGGAAGCUAGAAAGAAUGUUCUGGGGCCGGACAGGAGACCUACCCAGCUUCCCGAUGAGAUAGAGGCUCACUUUCCCUUAACCCGCCCGGAAUGGGACUUCAACACACCACACGGUAGGGAGCAUCACCGUCUCUAUUGCCAGACUCUGUUGGCGGGUCUCAAAGGGGAAGGGAGAUGCCCCACAAAUUUGGGCAAGGUACAUGCAGUAACUCAAGGUAAGGAAGAAACCCCUGCCGGGUUUCUAGAGCACCUCAUGGAGGCUUAAAGAAUGUAUACUCCUUUUGACCCCCAGGCCCAGGAGAGGGAAGCUGGCAUAAUCAUGUCAUUCAUCGGACAGUCAGCACCCGAUAUACGCACUAAGUUGCAACGCCUUGAGGGGCUGCAGGAAUAUACCCUGCAGGACUUAGUAAAGGAGGCUGAAAAGAUUUUUAAUAAAAGAGAGACACAGGAAGAGAAGGAGGAGAGGCUACGUAAGUUGCAGGAAGAGAGAGAGGACGAGAGAGAUAAGAAGCGCAAUCAGGAAUUAACAAAAAUUUUGGCCACCGUAGUGCAGGAGUCUAAAAAUAGGCCUAGACUGGUGAGGUACCUGGGAGACAAAGCAAGACCAAGACUGGAAAGAGAUCAAUGCGCCUACUGCAAGAAGAAGGGGCAUUGGGCGAGGAAUUGCCCCGAGAGGACAAAGCGACCACCCAUUCCUGUCCUCUCCCUGGAAGAAGAAGUAGGCCAGUCAGGGCUAGGAGCCCCCCCUCCCGAGCCCAGGGUAACCUUAAACGUAGGGGGGCAACCUGUGACAUUCUUAGUCGACACAGGAGCUCAACAUUCAGUCCUGACCCAAACCUGAGGACCUUUGAGUACCCGGACAACCUGGGUCCAAGGCGCCACUGGAGGAAAACUACACCGAUGGAUAACUGAACGCAAGGUCCAACUGAGCACAGGGCAAGUGACUCAUUCUUUCUUGCUUAUGCCAGAAUGCCCCUACCCUCUAUUGGGAAGAGACCUGCUCUCAAAGGUAGGGGCCCACAUCCACUUCCAUCAAGAGGGGGCCAGGGUGACAGACAAAGGGGGGCAGCCCCUCCAGGUUUUGACUCUGCACCUGGAGGAUGAGCAUAGGUUCCUGGAAGGGCCGCCACUCUCUCUGCCAACAACAGGUUCCGACUGGCUACAAAGAUACCCAGACGCUUGGGCAGAGAUGGCGGGUAUGGGAUUGGCUGAAAAACAACCCCCCCUGAUCAUCAACCUCAAACCCGCAGCCACCACGGUUGCCAUUAAACAACACCCCAUGAGCCAUGAAGCCAGGGAAGGGAUCAGACCACAUAUCAACAGGUUAAUGCAGUUGGGUAUCCGUAAACCCUGUCAUAGUCCAUGGAACACUCCCCUCCUCCCUGUGAAGAAGCCAGGCACGGGGGAUUAUAGGCCAGUUCAGGACCUCCGGGAAGUAAAUCGGAGGACAGAGGACAUUCAUCCAACAGUACCUAACCCUUAUAAUUUACUGAGCACGUUGCCUCCAAGCCAUGUCUGGUAUACGGUGCUUGGCCUUAAAGAUGCAUUCUUUUGCCUCAGACUGAGCCCUCAGAGUCAGCCCCUAUUUGCCUUUGAAAGGAAAGAUCUUGGGACCGGGUUCUCUGGCCAGCUCACAUGGAUGCAACUCCCUCAAGGAUUCAAGAACUCACCAACCUUCUUCGAUGAAGCCCUUCACCAAGAUUUGGCAGACUUCCGAGUCCAUAACCCCAAUAUAAUUUUACUCCAAUAUGUAGAUGAUCUCCUUCUGGCCGCAGAAUCAGAACAUGACUGCUUCCAAGGUACCGGGGCGUUAUUACAAAGGUUGGGGGAAUUGGGAUAUCGAGCAUCAGCAAAAAAGGCUCAGCUCUGUAAGAAGCAAGUCACCUACCUAGGGUAUCAGCUUCAGGACGGUCAGAACUGGCUGACAGAGGGACGAACACAGGCUGUAGCCCUGAUUUCCCCACCCAAAAAUUCCAAGGAGGUGCAUGAGUUUCUGGGUAGCACAGGGUUCUGCCGCCUCUGGAUUCCUGGCUUUGCAGAAUUAGCAGCCCCACUCUACCCUUUGACUAAAGUUACGGCCCCUUUUGUGUGGAAAAAGGAGCACCAGGAGGCCUUUGACAAUAUCAAAUGGCCCUUUCUGUCAGCACCUGCCCUGAGUCUCCCCGAUAUAAACAAGCCUUUCACCCUCUACGUGGAUGAAAGGGCAGGACUGGCAAAAGGAGUCCUAACCCAGCAGCUUGGGACAUGGAAGAGACCAGUAGCAUACUUCAAAAAACUGGACAAUGUAGCAUCAGGUUGGCCCCCAUGCCUCCGAAUAGUGGCUGCUGUGGCUGUCCUCGCCAAAGAUGCAAACAAAUUGACUUUGGGUCAGCCACUCACAGUGGUGGCCCCUCUUGCAAUAGAAGCUAUGGUCCGACAGCCACCUGAUAGGUGGCUUUCAAAUGCACGAAUGAACCAUUACCAGAUGCUGCUCCUCAACCCCAACAAGUUGUGGUUCGGGGCAGCCACAUCCCUAAAUCCAGCCACCCUCCUCCCGGACUCGGAUACAGAGGCCAAUGUGCUCCAUGACUGUCACCAGAUCCUAGCUGAGACCCAAGGUACCAGAGAAGAUUUAAUGGACCGCCCACUACCGGAGGCUGAAUACACCUGGUUCACGGAUGGGAGCAGCUUCCUACAAGAUGGUAUACGAAAAGCAGGGGCAGCAGUGGUGGAUGGUCGGGAUGUAAUCUGGGCCAGUGCUCUACCAACCGGGACCUCAGCACAGAAGGCAGAACUCAUUGCCCUAACUCAGGCGCUUAGAAUAGCCAAGGGCCGAAAAAUUAACAUUUACACUGACAGCCGCUACGCCUUUGCCACGGCUCAUGUGCAUGGUGAAAUUUACCGAAGGGGGGGCCUUUUGACUUCAGGAGGAAGAGACAUUAAAAACAGAACUGAGAUCGUGGACCUCCUACAGGCUCUCUUCUUGCCACUAAGACUGAGCAUCAUACACUGCCCCGGACAUCAGAAAGGAAAUGACCCCGUGGCGAGAGGGAAUCGAAUGGCGGAUGAGGAAGCCAAGAAAGCAGCGUUGGGCCCACAAAUUCUCCCCGUAAAGGCUCUUGCCCAACCCCCGCCCCCGCCCCCCCGUCCUCCACAAGGAUUUGACUAUACGGACCAAGACUUGGAAACAGUCCAAGGGUUGGGGGCAGAAUACGACCAGGAGACAAGAGUAUGGCGUUACCAAGACAAAAUCCUGCUACCCCAGAAAGCGGCCAAAGAACUCCUACUCCAGUUACAUCGAUGGACCCACCUUGGACAUAAGAAACUCAAAAACAUCCUGCAGAGAGAAGAGCAAUUCUAUUACAUUCACAACCUCAACAGACUCCUUCAACAAAUCACCAGUUCCUGUGCUCCCUUCGCCAAAGUAAACACGGGAUGGAUUAAGAUGCCUGAGGGGAUUAGAGUCAGGGGGGAGCAGCCAGGAACCAACUGGGAAGUCGAUUUCACUGAAAUCAAACCUGGAAGCCUUGGAAACAGGUACCUUCUGGUUUUCAUAGACACUUUUUCAGGAUGGACUGAGGCAUUUCCCACCAAGCGUGAGACUGCACAGGUGGUAGUCAAGAAAAUCCUUGAAGAGAUCUUCCCACGGUUCGGGCUACCCAAGGUAAUAGGUUCAGAUAACGGACCUGCCUUUGUCUCUCAGAUCGGGGACUCCGUGUAUGGCCGACGCCACCAAGCUAAAACUCUUGAACCCCGCUGGAAAGGCCCUUACACCGUGAUCCUGAUAACCCCCACAGCUCUAAAAGUAGAUGGGAUUGCAGCAUGGAUCCACGCUUCUCACGCCAAGAAGGCCAUCGCCAGCGGAG